AUGCACCAUACCCACAGUAAAGGUUCCAGAAAAUCGAUGAAAACAAUUGGAGUUUUGGCGUUGCAAGGCGCCUUUUUGGAGCAUACCAACCAUCUGAAAAAGUGUCUGGCUGAAAACGACUAUGGAGUAAAAAUAGAAAUCAGAACUGUGAAAACUCCUGAAGACCUAACCCAGUGCGAUGCCCUCAUUAUUCCCGGAGGGGAGUCCACGUCGAUGUCCCUCAUCGCUCAAAAAACAGGCUUGUAUCCUUUUUUAUACGAAUUCGUUCACAACUCGGAAAAGGUAGUUUGGGGCACUUGUGCUGGUCUCAUCUUUUUAAGCGCGCAAUUAGAGAACGAAAAUGCCCUGGUGAAGACUUUAGGUGUGUUGAAAGUCGACGUGAGAAGAAACGCAUUUGGAAGACAAGCUCAAUCUUUUACACAAAUAUGCGAUUUUUCCAAUUUCAUACCUGAUUGUGAUGAUUUUCCUGCUACUUUUAUUCGUGCACCCGUGAUCGAGAAGAUUUUGGAUCCCAUCGCGGUUAAAACUUUAUAUGAAUUGCCAAUGAAUGGAAAGAGUGUGGCUGUAGCUGCAAUGCAAAAUCAUAACAUCCUUGUGACUUCUUUCCAUCCAGAACUUGCUGAAAAUGACAUAAGAUUCCAUGAUUGGUUUAUUAGACAAUUUGUUUCUAAUUGA